AUGGGAGGCAAGGCCGUGUCCGGAAGCCAGCUGUGGGCUGCUAUGGUCCUGCUGCUGCUGCUGCUGCUGCUGCAGAGUGCACAGUCCGUCCUCAUCAAGUACGAUGGCUUCCAAGUAGAGCUGGAAUCUGUGAAGAAGCUGAAUGAGUUGGAGAAGCAGCUGACAUCCAACUCCCUACCAGAGACCAGUCCCGCUCUACCCGCUGUGUGCCAUCACCUUGCCUUACCCAAGGACCUCCAGCCUGUCUGUGCCUCCCAGAAAGCUGCCAGCAUCUUCGAGGCCUUGAGCACCAUCGCCACUGACGAAUGUGAGCUGUGUAUAAAUGUUGCCUGUACGGGCUGCUACUGA